AUGGAAGGCUUUUUCCAUGCAGUAUUUUUUCUCAUCAUUCUACUAUAUGUGAUCUUCACCACCUGGUGCACCGCCACUGCCGCUGCCGGGAUCAAAGAAGCUGCAUCCGACCGCGCUGCUCUCCUCUCCUUCAAGUCCCUAGUCGAUGACGCUCCGUUCGGAGCGCUCUCCUCGUGGAACAACGGCUCUCUCCACUACUGCAGGUGGCGUGGUGUCUCCUGCAGCCGCCGCCAUCCCGACCGGGUCAUGGCCCUCAACCUCACAUCUCUCAGCCUAGCCGGUUUCGUAUCGCCCGCCGUAGCCAACCUCACAUUCCUCCGGACGAUGGACCUGUCCGACAACAAGCUAGGCGGGCACAUCCCGGAGGAGUUAGGAAGCCUACACCGGCUGCGAUAUCUCAACCUGAGUGUGAAUUCUCUUCGCAGAACGAUCCCGUCUUCGCUUGGCAAUUGCUCUAAUCUUCAACAACUCAUCUUGGCAGAUAAUAAGCUCAACGGUGAGAUCCCGCCAACUCUAUCGCGUCUUUCCGGUCUUAGAGAUCUUCUCCUGAAUCAAAACAUGUUACAAGGGACGAUCCCAUCCAAUCUAACAGAGUGUAAAGAGCUUCAGGUUGUCGAUCUAAGGAAUAACUUUCUCACAGAAGAAAUUCCACCAGAGCUUGGGUACAUCCAAAAGCUAACAUUGUUAGCACUCAGCUACAAUAAUCUUAAAGGAGCCAUCCCUGCUACUUUGGGCAAUCUUGCUCAGCUUCAAUGCCUUGAUCUAAAAUUCAAUAGCCUUUCUGGGUCCAUCCCGGAUUCACUUGGGAAUCGCUCUUCCCUAGUCUAUCUUUCUUUCGGCAAAAAUAACUUGUCAGGACCCAUCCCUCCAUCCUUCGGUAGCCUUCUCUCCUUGAACAUACUUGAAAUCCAAGUGAAUAGUCUCACAGGAACCAUUCCGCCGACUCUUACGAACCUGUCCUCUCUGAGCCAGCUUUUGCUACGAGAAAACAACCUUCAUGGUGAAAUUCUUCACUUUGCAGAACUUCCACUCCUCUUUUACCUGGACUGCUCUUCUAAUAAUCUCUCCGGGACGAUCCCAAUCUCGCUCGGACGACUUUCAUCUCUCGAAUAUCUCAAUCUCGGGAUGAACAACUUAACAGGGGAAAUACCGUCAUCCCUUUACAAUCUAUCAUCCCUGAAGAACUUAUAUCUCUUUGAUAACCAACUCGAGGGAACUCUACCCUCCAAUAUCGGAAAUGCUCUUCCAAACCUUCAAGUCCUUAGUAUGGGUAUUAAUCAGCUUGGGGGGCGAAUUCCAGCAUCAUUGUCCAAUGCUUCUGGGCUGAACGACCUUGAGCUAUCGGCCAAUGCAUUCCACGGCACGAUACCGCCAAGCCUUGGAGCCUUGCAGAGUCUUUUGUGGCUUGAACUGCCCGGCAAUCGACUCGAAGCCAGGAAACCUAGUGAUUGGAGCUUCAUUACAGUGCUGACCAACUGCACCAGUCUGCAAUUGUUGGAUCUUGCAUACAAUCUACUUCAAGGCAUGAUGCCCAAAUCAAUAGUCAAUCUUUCCACUAGUCUUAAUUUGUUGGCACUCAGUAACAACCAAUUAUACCAAUCGAGAUUGAGAAGUUCAUCAAUCUAA